CCGGAAGUUCUCCCUCUCAUCGUUUUGUAUUGUUAUUAAAGUCACGACUGAAGCAGGUCAGUAAACAAGGGGUGGGCGCGGGUGUUUCUACUUAAUAUCUUUUAAACACCAGCUUUGACAUUAGUGAUUUAGUAGCACACACAUAGUGCACAAAGCUAGGAUAUGUGACGCCUCCGCUAAGGUACAGUCCCGCAACCGCGGCCAGGUUAAUGCGGUUAGCCGCGAUGCUAACACCGUUACGCUAGCCCCGGGCGACACAAUCACGGCGCUCCUCCUCAGACAGAGUAGGUUCGCUAGCGUCGCUGAUAUUGUUUAGUAAGUGUGAUCCCCGGAGGUCAAAAUAUGAAGGUGGAGUGCGUGCACCUGGUAGACAAAGCGACGAGGGACGACGUCGUUGUUACGUUUAAAAUUGAGGACGACCAGCUGUCACGUGACGGGACUCAGGACGACCUGCGGGAAGACUGUACCGAUGGACAGAACCUCGACAUCCGAAUCAAGGAGGAGCCACACUGCUUGCAGAUCAGCGAGGUCCGCUGUGAUGCUCCCUCAAGUCCUUUAGAAGGGACACUCGAUGGUCACAGUCUUUUCAAAGAGGAACCGGGCUUGGAUCUUCAGCCGGGAUGUGACAAUGAAGUGGAUGUUAAGGAGGAGGACAUCAUCAAAGAAGAAGAACUUCAGUAUGAGGAGUCGCAAUAUGGAGGACAGAUGGAGGAUGAUGAUGAAGAGGACUGCACAGAGUCAUCAUCAGAGUUCUUCCCUUGUCCUCACUGUGAUGUUUCCUUCACGAACCUGGACUUCCUGGAGAAGCACGUCAAGUGGGUCCACCAGAAGGAGUACCUCGCCGAACUCAAAAAAUGCUUCUCCGACCGUGACCGAAACCUCAUCCCUGAGCAUGUUUGCUCCACCUGCGGAAUCACCUUCAGCUCCAAAGUCUACCUGCGGGUCCAUGUUAAAGAAGCCCACCCCUCGGCGCCGCCCCGACGGCUUCACCCCUGCCCGACGUGCGCACGCAGUUUCCAAUACUUGAAGAACCUGAAAAACCACUGUCAGCGCUGGCACAACAUGUCAGUGGUCAUCAGAGCGGGGCAUCUGUGCUGCAUGGACUGCGGGAAGAGCUUUAAGGCCACAUGGGGACAAGGACCCCAUCUAUGCCACGCACCGAACAGCGAAUCUGAGGAGAAACCCAUCUGUCUGGAUGUGGGCGUGCAGUGCAGCGAGUGUGGCAAGAAGCUGCGCACGCCCCAGAGCCUGGAGGACCAUAUGCGUACCCACACGGGCGACCGGCCAUUCGUCUGCAAGGACUGCGGCCGGCGCUUUGUGGAGCGCAGCAGCUGGCGCCAGCAUGCUCUGAUCCACACGGGCGAGAAGCCGCACAAGUGCCAAGUGUGCGGGAAGGCUUUCCAGAGAGGGCACCAACUUAAGUGCCACCUCACCACGCACUCGGCCAAGAAGGAGUUUUCCUGCAGCCAAUGCGGAAAGGAAUUCGGACUCAAAGCAAGUUUAAAUCUCCAUCUGAGGACACACUCAAGCGAGAAACCUUUCCACUGUGGGGUGUGUGCCAAGAGAUUUAACACCCGCAAAAACCUGCUCGUCCACAGCAAGCUGCACAGCGGCGAGAAAACACACCAGUGCAGCGACUGUGGCCUUAAGAUCAGCGAUUUGGGAGCGCUCAAAAUCCACUUGCGCACACACACCGGCGAGAGGCCCUACCACUGCACCGUGUGCGGCAACAAGUUCAUCCGUCUGGCGCACCUGCGCAACCAUCAGCGCACGCACACUGGCGAGCGGCCCUACAAGUGCGACCAGUGCGACAAGAGCUUCACGCAAUCGGGCGAUCUGGUGAAGCACAAACGCACUCAUUCUGGGGAAAAACCCUUCGAGUGCCCCGAAUGUCACCGGCGCUACACGUCUUCUGGCGACCUGGGCAAGCACCGCCGCAGUCACACCAAUCUGCGGCCAUAUAUAUGUCAAGAAUGCGGCAAGAGCUUCCGCCUGUCGGGCCAUUUGAAGACUCACAUGCUCACGCACACAGGCGAGAAGCCGUUCUCAUGCCCUAACUGUCUGCGCAGGUUCGCUCGGUCCCACCACCUCUCCGGACACAUCGCCAAGUGUCGCUAGCUUGACAACUGUGUACUUGUCGACUUUUUGACACGUAAACUACAGUGGAACCUCUGAAGUGUUUGGGAACAAACCCGACCGCCACUAUUUUGCUGUUGUUUUUAAAUAUGGAGAAAACCAAAGAACUAGUUAAAAACACUUGCGGAGUUGAAUCCCUUACAUGGUAAAAUGGACUAUUAGUCGUAAAAAAUGGUGCACAAAUAUGCUAACUUUGGGAACUUGUUGAUCUGGAAAAUAAUAUUUAAUAAGUAUUUCUCCAGCAACAAAAUUUACACAUACCAAUGUUUUGUUUGGUAUAAUGUCAUGGGCAUAAAUAGACACCAGAUAGGGCCAGUGUUGACAAAAGAAUGUAUUAUACUAUAAAGUGGCUAGGGAUGUCCCGAUCCGAUACCGAAAAAAUUGUUCCGAAAAA